GGAUCUGUACCUCCUGUUCCGCCCUCUUAGAUAUUGACUAAUCGAUGAACGGAAUCCCGUCCACGCCUCAGGAUUUCACCCAAUUACACCGCGGCUCCUAAGAUCUGCGGAAGCGGAAAGGCGCCAAUGAGGUCUUCGGCUGCAACGGCGGGGGCGAGGCUAAAAUGCCAGCCACACCCCUCUCUGUGACUAUACCUUUGGGCUCCGCGCGUUUUAAUAGGAUGGUGUCUCCACGGGAUCAAAUUUCAGCGUCACAGCUGGGGACUGGCUUCGCGGUCCCUGAUGGGAGAGCAGGAGCAGGUGGUAUGUGGCUCGUCUCAGACCUCACUGACUCCUGUGGGAUCUUCUAGGUCCUUCUCACUGCCCAUCCUAACCCCUGGGGCUGGGAUCAUCUUUCACCCAGCUUUGGCUCCUAUCAUAAAUAAGAGGCCUAUGUUCAGGGCUGAGGCCUCUCUGGGGUGUCAGAGAGGGCAUGAGAGUGUCAGGACCUGGGAGCUGGUCUCAGUGCAGCCCUCUGUCCCCCCUACUCUAAGCAACCCUCUUCUGGCCCGCCUACCCCUGGACCCUGACUACUCCGUGCCUUGCUAUUGCUCACCUCCGGUCACCCUCCAACGUGUGUUUGCCUGCUAAUGAGAAGUGUGACAAGUGCUGCCGUUCGCUGAGCGGCUGCCCUGGGGCUGGAGACCAGGAGGGGCUGGAGUGCUCUGGGCUGGCUCUCAGGAAACCUUCACCACACACCCCACUCCCAGGCCCUUCCUCAGAAAAGACCUUGGAAUAUACAUUUCACUGGUCCAGGACCCCAGAGCCAGAGACCUUGCAGCUGGCUGCACCCGAAAACACAGUGACAAUUGGAACCUGGAGGCCAGGGAGAGACUCGGGGCUUCAGUCGCAUGGGUCCCUCCCCAACUCAGACUCACAGAAGCACUGUAAUGACCAGGACCCUCCAAAGAGGCAUCACAGCAACACUAAGAACCUCUGGGAGACCAGCUCUUCCAAAACCAAAGUCCACCGUGAUGAUUCCCGAAUCCCAGAAGCUUCUGAGAUGUGAACUGGAGUCACUCAGGUGUCAGCUACAGGCCCAGACCAAGGCUUUCGAGUUCCUAAACCACUCAGUGACCGUGUUGAAGGACAGAUGCCUGCAGCAAAUCAAGAUCCAACAGCUUGAAGAGGUGCUGGCCCCACCAGCCGCCAGGCAGACAAGGAGAGACACAAGUGGGACGUGGAGGAGGGACGGCAGGAGCUAUAUGAGGCCCUGGCUAAAGGCCUGCAGGGGCUGCAGAAGACCCUGUAUGACAACGAGGAGGUGCAGAGGGCCCGUACCACCCGCUGUCUACAGCUGUUGGCGCAGGAGAUCCGGGACAGAGGCGCAGGAAGAGGAGAUUACGGAGAACCUGGUGAACAUCCAGAAGAUGCAAAAGACACAGGUGAAGCGCCGCAAGGUCCUGACCAAAAUGAAGCAGCAUGGGUAUGAGACAUCCAACUGGCCAGAGACUGAGGAGUUGCCACCAGGAGGCAGUGACUCCUGGAGGGAUGACCUCCAGAAGGAUCUGGGUGACAUAUGGCCCGCUGUGCACCUGCUGCAGAACUCCUUUGGUGGCCUCGCCAUAUACUCAGGGGGCCGCCCCAGGGCUGCGAGCCUCAGGGCCUGAGCAGCUGGGACUGCUCUCCCUGAAGACCCCUCCAGAGAGAAAAUAAACUAGCUGAGACCCUCCUCCACCUGUGGACUGCUGCUCCUGGCUGCUUCCUGUGCCUCAGAGUGACCCCCACAGUUUACUACCCAGUCUUGGGGAGGGUGUGGAGACCCCAGGGACUGUUCGGGAUAUGUGGGCCUAGGGUCAGGGGACAGUGUGAGGCUGGAUUUAGUAUAUGACAAGGUCAGGGGUAAGUCUGUCUAGAUACGAGUGGCCAGAUAGGCCCUUGGCGAUCUGGCCUGAUGUCCCUACUGCCCAAAUGAGGCCCCUGACCCUCAUCUGCCCUGCGUUCCUCCUAAUAAGAUCAAGCAGCGACCACCAGAACCUGGAACCCACCUGAGUCCCUCUCCUCCCAGGACUCAUCUCCGCCCCUGCCCCCACCAUGGCCUCCCUGCCCCAGCUCUGAGCAGUCCAGAGUCCCCCGGGACCCCAAGAUCACCAUCUCCCCCCAGGUCGGCUGUGCACCUGCUGCAGAACUCCUUUGAUGGCCUCGCCAUAUCCUCAGGGCGCCACCCUAGAGCCCCGAGCCUCAGGGGUGAGGGGGGUUGAGCAGCACUCCAGGGUGUGUGUGGGGAGAUCAUUCUCAUCUCCGCCCAGGGUUUCGGCCCGGGAUCACGCUCUGACACCCCACCCUCCUCUUCCUCUCAGCACCCACCAGGGUCCUCCCUCCCAACCUCCAACCUUCAUUCCCUCCCGAAUCUAUUCUAAAACGCCCUGACCCGAAGAGCAACAGAGGCCCCGCCCCGGAUCACGCUAAUGAGACUCCG